AUGGGCAAGAGGAAGUUCAGUGGGCUGGAAAUCACCUUGAUCGUCCUCUUCUGCCUGGUCGUGAUCGUAGCCUGUGUCCUCAUUGGGCUUUUAGCAUCAGGACAAUCUGGAGUCAAAACUACAGAAUAUACACCAGAAUGUCCGAACGUAUUAAUAGCAGAGAGAAUUGACUGCAUCCCGGAUCAAGUAGCAACAAAGAGCAUCUGUACUCUGCGUGGCUGCUGCUGGAGUCCUCAGAGCGAUACCAGUGUGCCCUGGUGUUUCUUCUCUUCAAAACAUGGGUACAAAGUGGAUGGGUCAACAAGAUCAACUCGGGCAGGCUUCGAGACUACGUUAACAAGGCUAUCGUCACCUUCCCUCUUUGGGAAUGAUAUCAACACCGUCCUCCUCACAGGAGAGUAUCAGACACCAAAUCGCUUCCGGUUCAAGAUCACUGAUCCUAAUGCACAAAGAUUUGAAGUCCCUCAUGAGCAUGUGCAAUCUUUCACUGGAUCCGCAGCCUCCAAUUUAAACUAUAAAGUGGAUGUGAAGCAGAACCCCUUUGGCAUCGUGGUGACCAGAGUGAGCAAUGGUAGAGUGCUGUUUGAUACUACCAUAGGACCACUGCAGUAUGCUGACCAGUUUUUACAGCUAUCAAUCAAACUACCUAGCAGCAACAUUUAUGGUGUGGGAGAGCAUGUGCAUAAGCAGUACCGGCACGAUGUUAACUGGAAAACCUGGCCCAUGUUCAGCAGAGAUAUUGGCCCCUCUGGA